AUGCACGCAAAACAAACGAACGUACGACUGACGAAUCUCGUCCUACACCCGACGCUGACCAACUCUACAUUUUCACCAAAGAAGAACGCUAAAAAUGACAGGUUAUGGAUUAAAACAAACACGAAACUGGGAAAAGUCUAUCUGGAGAGGCAACAAAGUUGCAAAUAUUAUAAGACAGGGGGUUACUGCCCAGCCCCCCUGGUCCCCGUUGGCGACGCAUUUGCCCAUGAAAUUGAUCCCCAUAAAGGAACUCAACUCUUGGAAAUUUAUGCGCUCGAAAUUCAAAUAUAUACGGAACAGAAGAAUCACAAGCAACUUGAGGAACUAUAUGAACGCAGUCUAAAAGUGCGUUCAACAAUUCCCCAUCCAAUGAUUAUGAGUGUUAUAAGAGAAUGUGGCGAAAAUAUGCAUCUGAGGGCUGGAGAUUACGAAAAGGCUUACACCGUCUUUUUCGAGGCGUUCAAGAACUAUGAUGAAGCAAGAAAUCCACGGCGAGUAUAUUGUCUGAAAUAUAUCAUUCUUAAUAGUAUGGUGCUCAAAUCUGCUAUUAACCCAUUUGAAUCAGAGAUCUAG